UAAGAUGAGGCUGCAAGAGCCCUGUGUGAUCCCUGGGAGCUGGGGAGGUGUCUCUGGAUCUGCAGCUCUCCUGCACCUCAUUUAUAUUUCCGUGAGGGGAUGAUAUCUUCUCACUUUGCACUACCAGAAAGCAUGUGGAACCAGGGUGUGGGGAAAGACCUCAAAUCUCACACAGAGCCACCUGGGUCUGUCUUGGGCGGAAGGACGCUUGGCUUAGGUCAGAAGUUCAGUUUACAUUCUAAACCAAAUUCAGACUGCAUCAAGUCUGACCACAUUUGUUACUUCCAGGAAUAUUCUGGAGGAGGAAGGAGGACCAAAUGACUCACUCAAGCCAUUGUCUGGCUCUGACGAUGGAAGUACGGCCCAAAUAUACUGUGGAUCUGGAUACAUACGCCCCUCCCAGUCCUGCGUCAGACACUGGAGCUAAGUCUCUGCUGGGGCAACACUUACUCCUCCGAGCACUACAGUGUGCUGUUGGAUCCUGCACGGGAAUGGAGACCCUUGGGAGCAGACAGCUGUCACGCAGGCUUGUGCUGUGCUGUGCCUUCUGGGGACUCUGCCUGGCCACUCCAGACUAUGAUGAUUACUCUCAGAACAGCACCAACGAGCAGGUAACGCUGCCAGCGAUCACGCCGUGUCCCCGAGCCAUCCCCGGGGAAAAGGCAACCAUAAACAACGUCACCUACCUGUUGAUACACGAGGCCACACGCUCUCAGCUGGGCAGCGUGGUCACAGUGCAGCUCAUCCCCUGCCUCUACACCCUCGUCUUCCUGGUGGGGCUGCCUUCAAACGGGCUGGCCCUGUGGGUCCUGGCCACCAGGGCUGAGAAGCUGACCUCCACUGUCUUUCUGAUGAACUUGGCUGCAGCAGACCUGCUGCUCGUUUUAGUGCUGCCCUUCAAGAUUUUCUACUAUUUCCUGGGGAACAACUGGCCCUUUGGGGAAGGCCUGUGCCGCCUCACCACAGCUUUCUUCUAUGGGAACAUGUACUGCUCGGUGCUGCUGCUCACAUGCAUCAGCGUCGACCGGUAUCUGGCUGUGGUGCAUCCUUUCUUUUCACGUUCUUUCCGCACCCCUGCCUUUGCUGCCUGCACCUGUGCUGCCAUCUGGCUCUGUGCUGCUGUCCUCACCCUGCCCCUGACUCUGCAGCAGCAGUCCUAUCCCCUAUACAGGGCAGGCGUCACUCUCUGCCACGAUGUUCUCCCCAGGCACGAGGAUGAUGGGUAUUACUUCUACUACUUUGUCUGCCUGAUCGCCUGUGCCUUCCUCGCUCCUCUGGUGGUGAUGCUGUUCAGCUACUGCUCAGUACUGCGAGCGCUCCUGGGCAGUGGGAAGCGGUACUCCUACUCGAUGAAGCUCACAGCUCUUGUGCUGUUCACAGUCGUGGCCUUCUACACACCCAGCAACGUCCUCCUCCUUGUUCAUUACUCCAGCUACAACUGCAAGCUGUAUGGCAACCUGUAUAUCAACUACAUGGUGAGCCUGGCCAUCAGCACCUUCAACAGCUGCGCUGAUCCCUUUGUCUACUACUACAUUUCUGAAGACUUCCGGGAUAAGGUGAGGAGGAGAUUCUUCAGUCACAGAAAACAAACCACCACAUCCCUAGAAACUUCCAAGGAAACACUCCCUCCAAAAAGUUCCAAAGAUUCACUGGUGUAAGCCUCCGUCCCGGCUCCCUGCUCCCAAGGCACUCACGACAUACAUUGGGGAUGAGAUGAAGACAACACUGGAAUUCCACAAGUUUCACCCAGAGCAGCGAGCAGCACUUGCCAAGGGACAAGUCCUUUCUCCUGUCUGCACAGCUAAAACUGAAUAAACCCGGACCACAGGAUUCCUCGAGCGGUGUGGAGUCCAGACGAGGUGCGGAGUGCCGAACACGUAUAGCUCUGUUACGGGGGCACCGCACGCAACUUCCCAUCUGGUCACACGCUGCCAGGGAUGCUCUUGCCAAUAUACCUAGGUCUGGUUUUCCUAAUGCAUCUUGCAGACUGAUUGCUAUGUGUGUUCUAUUCCUUUUUCUGCUACUGCCUUGCUCAUUGUCCUCGAACGCAUACUCCCUUCACCUAAACAUGAAAAAGAACAGGCACUUACAGAACUAAAUUUCUAAACAUUUCAGAAGUACGAGGAGGUACCUAUGUGAAAGGUCCUCUCCUAAACUAAAAUAUUCUGUCAAGAGAAUGCAGACCGCUGGCUUUUCUAGCAAAUACUUUCCUGGCUUGAUUAGUAACCAACACCGCAGUAACGUCAGCCCGUUGCUGGUAACAAGCGUACAAAUCCCAGUCGCUAAUCCCUGUUUUCGCAAAUGACCCAUAGCACCCGUAAUUUCUCUGGGCCAAAGAUUGUAUUAAUGGAUUUUUUUUUUAAAAAAAACUAUGUCUCUUGAAGAGAGAUAUUAAAGAAUUGAUAAAACCCU